CGGGCGGAGCGAGCUGGACUGACUCCUCGCGCCUCGGGUGCGGGCUGGCAGCGGGCCCCCAGAAGCGGGGCGGCGGCGGCUGCGGCAGCGGCUGCAGGGACCCGCCACGCCGGGGGUCGAGCCUCGGGCUCCGGGGGCUGAGGGCGGGCGGCGGCGCAGCUCUGGGCAGGCGCGGCGGCAGCUCCGCGGUGGUGGCGGCUACGGAGCGGAGACCAGGCGGGCGGCGCGGGGACCCGAGCGCCAGGAACCUUCGCCCGGCUACGCGCAGGUGUGAAUGAAUCUGGAGGCAGUUACACCUUCACUGCUGGAGGAAUAUACCAUUUCUGUGUCAUUUGCACAGAACUCUUCUCUGAACUGAACCAAGUGAAGACCUGUGGGGUGCUUCGUUCCUUCAGAGUCCAAACAAAUUAACUGUUCCAAAUUGUCCUGAUCGUGCCCUGUGCGCCUCCUGCCAAAGCCAACAUCCCCAACUCCAGUAGAUGCCCCAGAGGCUCCAACUGCUGACCUGAACAUGAACCUAGGUCAUGUUGAUGACAGUCAGGGCCCUCAGGGGAUGUGGGGCCUGGUGGGGCCCAGCCCCCCAAAGCAGGCUCUCUCAUGACGCUAGCCCCCGGGAGUAAGCGCCAUGCCCAUCACCCAGGACAACGCGGGGCUGCACCUGCCCCUCCUCUGCCAGUGGCUGCAAAACAGCCUUCGAGAGGGUGUGGCAGGGCCGGAGCAGCGGCUGUGCCAGGCAGCCAUCCAGAAGCUGCAGGAAUACAUCCGGCUCAACUUCUCUGUGGAUGAGAGCAUGCCAGGCCCCGAGCACAGGCCCCCAGAGAUGGAGAUCUGCACUGUGUACCUCGCCAAGGAGCUGGGGGAUGCAGAGACUGUGGGCCUGAGCUUUGGGAACAUCCCUGUGUUUGGGGACUAUGGGGAAAAGCGCAGGGGUGGCAAGAAGAGGAAGACCCACCAGGGCCCCGUGCUGGAUGUGGGUUGCAUCUGGGUGACGGAGCUGAGGAAGAACAGCCCAGCUGGGAAGAGCGGCAAAGUCCGGCUUCGGGAUGAAGUCCUCUCCCUCAAUGGGCAGCUGAUGGUCGGGGUGGACGUCACAGGAGCCAGUUACCUGGCUGAGCAGUGCUGGAAUGGCGGCUUUAUCUACCUGAUCAUGCUCCGGCGCUUCAAGCACAAAGUCCACUCUCCUUACAAUGGCAACACAAGCCACAGCUCUGAACCGGGAGAGACACCACCCUUGGAGCUGGGCGACCGGACUGUGAAGAAGGGGAAGAGAACCAGGAAGUUUGGGGUCAUUUCCAGGCCUUCCACCCACAGGAAUGCUGAGGAAUCAAAGAGCUGCUCUGGCUGCGAACUGGACAAUGACCCCAUCUCGGAGUUGGACAAUGACCCAGACCCUGAACUUGGGAAUGGUCAUGCCUGCGAGCUAGAGAAUGGCCCAGAUUCUCUCAAAGAGGUGGCUGGGCCCCACAUAGACAGGGCAGAAGUAGACAGAGGAACAGAGUAUAGAGUUUCAAAGACAGAUGCACCUCUGCCCACCAGCAAUGACAAACUCCACAUGCCAAAAUCUGGGAAGACAGACUCCCAGUCCAGUGACUGCCUGGCACGGGAGGAAGUUGGCCGGAUAUGGAAGAUGGAGCUGCUUAAAGAAUCUGAUGGGCUGGGAAUUCAGGUUAGUGGAGGCCGAGGAUCAAAGCGCUCACCUCACGCUAUCGUUGUCACUCAAGUGAAGGAAGGAGGUGCCGCUCACAGGGAUGGCAGGCUGUCCUUAGGAGAUGAGCUGCUGGUCAUCAAUGGUCACUUGCUGGUCGGGUUGUCCCACGAGGAAGCUGUGGCCAUCCUCCGCUCAGCCACUGGCAUGGUCCAGCUAGUGGUGGCUAGCAAGGAGUGCACUGAAGAGGAGCUCCUCAGAUUAACAGCCAAGAGUCUGCCCGAUCUGACCAGCUCAGUGGAGGACGUGUCCUCCUGGACUGACAACGAGGACCAGGAUCCCAACGGGGAGGAGGAAGAAGCAGCUGGCCCAUCCUCUCAGGGAGCAAUGCCUAGGCCAGAGGAGUCCCAAGAUCUAUGUGGGCCUGAGGACUCCAAGGGGAACUCAGAAAGUCCCAAGCAGGGCAGCAGCAAAAUGAAGCUCAAGAGUCGUCUUUCAGGGGGUGUACACCGUCUAGAGUCUGUGGAAGAAUAUAAUGAGCUAAUGGUGCGCAAUGGGGACCCCCGGGUCAGGAUUUUGGAGGUGUCAAGAGAUGGCCGGAAGCACUCUCUUCCUCAGCUGCUGGAUUCCACUGGAUCCCAGGAAUACCACAUCGUUAAGAAGUCCACCCGCUCCCUGAGCACCACACAAGUGGAAUCACCCUGGAGGCUCAUCCGGCCAUCGGUCAUAUCUAUCAUUGGGCUGUACAAGGAGAAAGGCAAGGGCCUUGGCUUUAGCAUUGCUGGAGGGCGAGACUGCAUUCGAGGCCAGAUGGGAAUAUUUGUCAAGACCAUUUUCCCAAAUGGAUCAGCCGCAGAAGAUGGGAGACUGAAGGAAGGGGAUGAAAUCCUUGAUGUAAAUGGAAUACCAAUAAAGGGCCUGACGUUUCAAGAAGCCAUCCAUACCUUUAAGCAAAUCCGGAGCGGCUUGUUUGUCCUCACAGUACGCACAAAGUUGCUGAGCCCGAGCCUCACACCCUGCUCCACACCCACACACAUGAGCAGAUCCAGCUCCCCAAACUUCACCGCCAGUGGGGGCACCUCAGCACUAGGCUCAGAGGAGGGCAGUGCUGCAUCCCUGGGGCGGAAGGCCCCUGGGCCCAAGGACAGGAUUGUCAUGGAAGUCACACUCAACAAAGAGCCAAGAGUUGGGUUAGGCAUUGGUGCCUGCUGCCUGGCCUUGGAAAACAGCCCCCCAGGCAUCUACAUUCACAGCCUGGCGCCAGGAUCAGUGGCCAAGAUGGAGAGCAAUCUGAGCCGUGGAGAUCAGAUCCUGGAAGUGAACUCUGUCAACGUCCGCCACGCUGCUUUAAGCAAAGUCCAUUCCAUCCUGAGCAAGUGCCCUCCAGGACCCGUUCGCCUCGUGAUCGGCCGGCACCCCAAUCCAAAGGUUUCCGAGCAGGAAAUGGAUGAAGUGAUAGCACGCAGCACUUACCAGGAGAGCAAGGAAGCCAACUCCUCUCCUGGCUUAGGUACUCCCUUGAAGAGUCCCUCUCUUGCCAAAAAGGACUCCCUCAUGGCAGAAUCUGAGCUCUCCCAAUACUUUACCCAUGAUGUCCCAGGCCCCCUGUCAGAUUUUAUAGUGACCGGCUCUGAGGAUGAGGAGCACCCUGGAAGUGGCUGCAGCACCUCUGAGGACAGUAGCCUAGCGCCCAGCACCUUGGCUCCCAAGGAACCAGGAAAAGCCAGGGCCAACAGCCUGGUUUGCCUGGGAAGCCAGCGGGCCUCUGGGCUCUUCCACAAGCAGGUGACCAUAGCCAGACAAGCCAGUCUCCCCGGGAGCCCACAGGGAAUGCGGAACCCUCUCCUCCGCCAGACCAGGGUGGGCUGCUAUGACGGCGAGGAUGCCAGUGAUGAGGAAGAGUUUGACGGCAGUGAAGGGGACUGCAUAUCCCUCCCCGGGGCCCUCUCUGGUCCCUGCAGGCCUCUGACUGAGGAUAGUACCAGACCUACCCUGACAUCCUCUUCCAAGGUCAUGGCUCCUGGCAAGCGGGAGGAACAGCCCCAGAAGAUACAGGUCAGCAAGGCCUCCUCGGUGCCUCUCCUGGGCAGCUGCAUGGAUGCAGGGGACAGUGUCAUCACUGGGCGCACAAGGGACAUGUCUCCACACACAGCCAACCUGCUAACUCCAGCGACAGCCCUCACAAAGGGCCCAGGCUGCUCAGGGAAGAAGGAACUGUCAGGAUCUAGGAGCUCCCCCAAAUUGGAAUACAAAAGCACGACGAGCACCCAGAAUCUGAGUGUGGAAAGCCCUAGUGCACCCCAACAGAGUGAUGACCUGGGGUCCAGGCACAAGCUGGUGGUUAGGGUCAGCCCACACCGCAAGGAGCUGGAGGCUGAGACCAGGCCAGGAGGCACAGAGGCGGGAAAACUGACCAAUGACAAAGCUGCUGACCCACGAGUCCAAGCAUCCACCCAGGUGACCAGUGCUGGGCUGCAGCCAGGUGGAAUAGCGGAGAAGGAACCUCUAGGGAAGGUAACCAUCAGGGAUGGCAGUGCUCCUCCUGACAAGAGACCAGCAAGUGCUCUGCCCCAGUUGGACACCGGCCACCUCUCAGAGAACCUACCAGAUGCCACAGAAGAGUGGGCUCUAUGGCCUGAGAUUGGAACAGACAGCUGCCUAGACCUUAUCCCUUCCCAAGGGCAGAAGCAGGCUGCUCCCUCUAGUCCCAGGAAGGCCUUGGAGGACACAGGAUGCACCAGGAGACCUGAGAACCCCCCUACAGAGCCAACACCAGCCAGGCUUCCUGAGUCUGAGGACAGGCCUCCAGUCAGACAGGAGGAGAGUGUGUCCCCAAGGAAGGUGGCAGUGGCUCAGGCUGACUUUGGCAAGACUGGAGCAGGCCCAGAAGCCAGCCUGCCCCCCGACCCCCAUUGGGCAGAUACUGAGGCAGAGGGACCCAGUCCUGUUACCUCCCGAGACCUCCUCCCACCCCAGGAGGAGAGCUGCGGAGCUCCCGGUAACCACAGCAAGGCCCUACAAGCCACAGGCCUCUCUGCACCUGAAAUAUCCCUGGAGUCGGUUCUACCCAAGGGCCUGGCCCCCUGCCUGCCGUCACCCCCUGAGGAGGCCCAGGAGACAUGUGUCUCAGGGCACUGCUGUCCCCAGAGAAGCAGAGGGAGCCCUGUGACUGACACUGAUAGCCUCAUCGAGGAGCUGGGUGCUUCUCAAGCAAGACUUCUGUCCCCCGAGAAAAGGAACCCGGGGUGUCCUGAGGGCAGUUCUCAGGCCCAACCACCAAGUGCAGGUGGAAGUUCCCACCAGGCCGAGCCACUUUUGGGGACCCAGACCCCCCCUCUGAAGAGGACCCAAGCUACUGGCCCAUCCCCUCACCCCACAUGGGCCUUGCAGCCAUCCAUUCUGGAUUCCAUCAACCCUGACAGAUAUUUUACUGUGAAUAAAAGCUUCUUGAACAACUAUUCAAGAAACUUCAGCAAUUUUCAUGAAGACAGCCUUUCCCUGUCAGGCCCAGGGGACAGCACAGAGCCGUCCAUUUCCUCCAUGUAUGGGGAUUCUGAGGACUCCUCCUCAGACCCCGAGUCUCUUGCCGAGGCCCCACAACUUCCCCAAAGAGACAGAGGUUCCCCUCGUCUUCCCCAGGGGUCUUCUUCCCACAGGGAAGACACAACAGAGUCUGAGGAAGAACAGGUUGAAAUCUGUUCCACUGAAGGCCCCCUCAGUGUGCCCCCCAUGCCCUGCCCUGCUUCAGCCAAAGCCCUGCCAUUGAGGCAUAGCGCACUGAGUGAGGUGGUGGUCAGCCCCCGAGAGACAGCGUCCUUUGUGGCAGGGCCUCCUUGUCCUUCAACUCCAAACUCUGGCCAGCCACCUUCCCUCACAGAUGGACACUCUGCCAGGCUCUCCCAGAGCCUUAGGCCUUCAUGUAAGGAAGACACCCAGGAAGCCACCAACAGUCACUCAACUGUGGAAAGCAGGCUGCCAUCCAGAGUCACUGGGCAUCUCCAGCAUGCCCCAGUCACUCUCAGCACUUCUCACACAUCAAAUGGUCUAGAACAUCAUAUACUGGGGGACAAAAACAUCCAGGCCAGUGGGAGCCCGGCCUGCCUCGGUGUGGGUGUCUCUACACAUGAAGACUCCAUCGUGGCCAACCUGCACAUUUCUGAGAGUCAGGAGCUGCAGGACCCACUGCAGAAACCCAAAGGGAGUUCCAAGAGGCCCAUCAUGGCCUGGUUUAAAGACAUCAAUAGGAAUCACCCAGGGCCACCUCAGCAGAGCAGAGCUGAGGAACCUCCACCCCCCACGCAGACCCGGAGUCCUGACCCGAGGACCCCCAGGAAGGGGGCAGCCAUGCCUGCCAGCCCUCCUCCACUGAAGCUGAGCCUUGACACAAAAGACCCACCUAAAAGAAACCCAGUGGAAGCACUCCUCAGCAACUGUCAGAAACCCAAAGCUGGUCCCAAGCUGAAGAGACUGAGUCUCAAGGGCAGAAGCAAGAUCAGUUCUGAGGCCCCAGCAGGGACCUCGGGCAAGGCUACUGGCAUGGACCACAGGAAGACUCUGGUUUCACCCCAGGCCCCCCACAAAAUGCUGUCCAAGGCAGUGUCACCGCGGUGCCACGAGGACCCUGACACUCAUGGGUCAGUCACCCCCAAGUCACCUCAAUGUGGGCUGGAGAGCAGGCUGCCCCCUGAAGCCAUAGGGUCACUCAGGAGCUCGGCAUCCGACACCAGCAUCAGAACAGUCACAUCACCACUGGCUUCCCCCAAGUUGCUUCCAGAACACAGGUUCCACUCGGCCAUUCACUCAGAAGCUGACAGGGGGUGCCCAGCCGCCCCCAGAAUGCCCAGGUCUGGGCCAGAGAGCAAGGGGAGUCCCGCAGCUUCCAGGAGCAAUGUGUCCAUAGGUACAAGCAAAAAGGACACCCCAGCUCCUGGCCAUGGAGGCUGUGCUCCAGAAGCAGCCCAGCCUGGUGGGGUGACUGGUGGCAGAAGAAGCAAAGUCACCCCCAGUGAGCCCCUGGAGAGAAGCACCCAGCUGAAAAGAGUAGAGGUUCCUACAGAGAGAAUGCCCAAGGGUGAGAAGCUGGCAGAAAGGAACUGGCAGGGAGGACCUGUGUCCCAGAGCAGCUAUCAGAAGAGUGAAACCAUACUUUGUCCCCAGUCAGUGGGAUCACUGUCCCCAAGUCAUCCUGCAGGGACACUCCUGGCACGGAGCACCCAAGGGGAGCAAGAAACACAACGGUCCCCUUGCUCAGCUAAGCUGGUACCCUCUUCCUCAUCCUCACAGCUGCCUGUGACAAAGGCUGGUGGGUCCCAGGGAAAGACAAGCCCAACAUCAGAUAGCCUUGGGAUGCCCAAGGGAGGCACCCCAGGGACCCACGGCCUAGAGGACUACCCUUACUUCACGCCAAGGCCGGCCACCAGGACCUACUCCAUGCCAGCCCAGUUCUGCAGUCACUUUGGACAGGAAGGCCAGUCCCUACACAGCCCAGGUCGCCAGGUCCCCACAAUGAGCCUUGAAGCCAAGGCAACCAGAGGCAGUGGCUUGGGCAACGGGCAGGGGCUGUACAGCCUCAAACCCCUCCUGACAGGCGACCUAGGGGACGACAUCGUUUCGGUGCAGGGAAGCAGCUGCCUCCUCUCGGACAAAAUCAGAGUGACCAGGAGACAUUACUGCCCUGAGGGGAACUGGCCCCACGAAUCUACCUCAUUUUUCUCUGUGAAGCAGAGGAUCAAGUCUUUUGAGAACCUGGCCAAUUCGGACCGGCCCACUGCCACCACCACCAAAUCAGGGGGCUCCCCUUGCUUAUCCAUCAGUGCCAAACCCCCCAUCAGCAGACGGUCAUCUGGUAGCGUGGUUUUAGGGAGCCUCGGCCACCCUGGUGACCCUAUGGCCAGGUCGCUGAGACGCAGCCUGAGUUCCUGCAGCGAGAGCCAGAGUGAAGCCAGCACCCUGGUCCUCCCAAUGACCAAGUCCCCGUCUAGUGUGACCCUGACAGUCUCCCGCCUACACCCGGCCGAGGCCAGCAACAGGGGCCCUGACUCGGAGCCCAAGAAGCCAGCUGGUCCGUCAGGAAUUCCGGGCCCAGCAGUGACCCAGGCCUCACCAGCCAAGAGGAGUAAGUGUUCAGUGCGGCAUUCGCAGCCCAGCCCACUGUCCCGCUCCAAGCUGCAAGAGCUGCGGGCCCUGAGCAUGCCUGACCUGGACAAGCUGUGCAGCGAGGACUUCCCAGCUAGGCCCACAGCCGUGCUUUUCAAAACUGAGCUGGAGAUCGUCCCCCGGAGGUCCCUGGGCAAUCCUGCUGGAGGACUCAGUGGCUCUACCGCCCCUCUGUGUCCUGUAAAGGGAGGGGACCGGGUCUGCCCGAAGGCCGGUGAGCCUAGGGCAGCUGAAGCCCCCCACGGUCAGCCAUCUGGGGGCAGCUGGGCAGUUAAUUUGGAUCAGCUCCUAGGCUCAACAGGAGACCAGCAGAGGUUACAGUCUGUUUUGUCAUCAGUGGGGUCAAAAUCAACCAUCCUAACUCUCCUUCAGGAGGCGAAAGCACAAUCAGAGAAUAAAGACGAUGUUUGCUUCAUAGUCUUGAAUAAGAAAGAAGGAUCAGGUCUGGGAUUCAGUGUGGCAGGCGGGACAGACAUGGAGCCAAAAUCAGUUGUGGUCCACAGGGUGUUGUCUCAGGGGCCUGCAUCUCAGGAAAGGACUGUGAACAAAGGAGACUUCCUCCUGUCAGUCAAUGGCUUCUCACUGGCUGGCUUAGCCCAUGGGGAUGUCCUAAAGGUUCUGCACCAAGCACAACUGCACAGGGACGUCCUCAUAGUCGUGAAGAAAAGGAAUGACCAGCCCAGGCAGGAGCCUCCCACAGGGAAUGGAAAGGGCUCACUGUCCAGAAGGACCACCCCCCUAGAAACUGGACCAGGGAGAAGUGUGGCAGCUCAUGACACCUUGUGUGUUGAAGUGUUGAAGACCUCGGCUGGGCUUGGCUUAAGUCUGGACGGUGGAAAAUCAUCCAUGUCUGGAGACGGGCCCCUAGUCAUUAAAAGAGUGUACAAAGGUGGUGCAGCUGAGCAAGCUGGAACAAUAGAAGCUGGGGAUGAAAUUCUGGCCAUCAACGGGAAACCCUUGGUUGGACUCUUGCACUUUGAUGCCUGGAAUAUUAUGAAGUCUGUCCCAGAGGGACCUGUGCAGUUGGUCAUUAGAAAGUACAGGAAUUCUUCAUGAAACAAGUCCUCGGACCUACAGCACUCACUGGAAGUGCUCAUUAACAAGACUUUCCUUUUCUCAGUUCCCUUAAUUUAGUAGAACAGAAUGACUUCUUUAAGUGAUGGGUUCCCUGCAACAGAGAAAUAGAUUUAGGCAAGGACUAGAAGAUUCUCCAGGUCUUUCUUUCCACCUGAAGCUGUGUGUGCAGCAAAAUGGAGCUAAAUUCUGGAAGUAUUCCACCUGGACCACCUAGGCCUGGAGGGCUGACUUUGUUCCAGUGCCUCUCCCGAACUUUAUGUUUACUGUUGGGGAGCCAAGACGUGACAUGACAUGCCCUUCUUCAUCUAUUGAUAAGACAGAGCUAGACCACCACUUCCCUUUUGCCACCUCACCCAACACACCCAAUCCUGGUGGUCAGGGAUCUAACAAAGCCCAAGGGGUAACACAGAUGUCACAACUGAACUAUAGUUUUAUAAAAUUUUGUAAGUAAAUAGAAUGCUUUUAGACAUUUCCACAUUCUCUGAAAAGUAGACCUGUAGGUUCUACAAUGUUACCCUGAAAAGAAAAUGGAAACUCUAAAGAGAAAAAAAAAAAAAUCAACUAUGACUAAAUGGUUAGUCUGAGCUCAGGAAUUCCCCCAAAAGAAAAAAAUUAAAAAGAGAAGUAUUUUUAUUGAGUAUAAUAUGCAACAAAUGGAUGCAAGAGUUCAACUCAGUGGAUUAUGGAUCACUAUGAAGAGAGUUGAUCCAGAUCUAAGAGUACAGGCCAUAAGGUUGUUUUACAGAAAAGCAGUUUUGACAAGCUAUACUUAACUAACAAUGAACUUCAUGCUUAGAAUGAGCAGAAAGUUCCUUCUCUGACAGCACCUUGCAUCAAGUUUGGAAUCUGUCUUGAAUAAGUGGUUGAAUUCAAGACUGUUCAAUAUAAAAGCAGGCAGUAUAUCAGCCACUGGGUUUCUGUUUCUAUAUUUUAUGCUUUUCAACCACUAAUUUAAAACUAAAUUUUCAGAAAUGAAGUAUCCUUUCAGUAUCCUUGAAUUUAUAAACAUUAUAUUUACAGUCCAAAUUGAAAAGCUUAGCAAUCCUUUUAGUUUAGUUUUGUUUUGUUUUGUUUUUUUGGGGGGUGGGGGUGGUAGUGGUGGUUAACUCACCAUUAAGCAAUUCAACAUUUCAAAGCAUCCAACCUCUUCCUGCCCUGGGUGUAAUGACAUAGCUCUGCAGUCACUGAAGUUUCUGCUCCUUUCCCCAUGUGCCAAACACAUUUGCUGCAGAGGAAUGUUGUGACUCACACUGCUAGCCUCAGCUGCCCUCCUGUUUGGAAGCACUGUGCUUCUUCAUGGAAGCUGUCCCCACUCGAUGUGUGGUUUCUUUGUCACACAACUGGCUUUUCUUCACUCAUAUUCUACCUUUCCUUAAAUUCUAAGUCCUCAUCGCUUCAUUUGCCAAAAUGUAGUAAGGAGAACAAGGGUGAGUUGCUCUUCAAGGUAAAGGAGUAGAAUCCUCAAGUGGCUCGGGCCAGCUGACUGAACCCUGGAAAACUCACAAGAAUGUAUACCUACAUGAAUGACAGCUGCUAGACGUUCUAUGUUGCUGAUUUCUCUUAGUACUUACAGUGUGGGUCUAUGGCUUAGAGAAAAGAAUGGACCCUGAUAUUGGAGGUGCUUAAGCUGUCAUGUUUGUACUUUACUAUAGUACUAAACCUCUGUGGAUUCAGCCCAGAGAGAUUUUUUUUUUUCCUAAGAUGAGAAUGAAAUAUUUGGCUGGUUUUGAACCCAGGUAUCUCCCUCUACUCCCUAGCCCCCAGGGUAUAUACAAGAAAAUGUAGAACAGGAGGUAGACAGGCCUGAUUCAUUUAGCAUCUAAUUCUCACUACAGUUCCAGGUAGGAUACUAUAUAGGAAGUCUGUGCAAGGUGCAUGCUAAAUUGUGUUUAAGUCUCUGGGGUCUGUUUUGUGAUUUCUACUUUCUUGACUAAAUGGCUAGAGUCCAUUUGAAGUUAUCACUCAAACUAUUUUGCCUCCACUCUUCCAGCUGUGCCUACUACUGAAUGGCAGGCAUUUUAGAGCCACGUGGAACAAUGGAACAGUCUGUAAUGCUCAGAUCUGAGGCAUACAAAGAUAGACCUCUGGCCCACUAAACUAUGAAAGUCAUUCCGUUUCUACAUCUUGCCAGAAGGGUUCCCUGGCCUAUAGAAUAUAAAGGAGGAAGCAAUAGCCAAACGUGUCUUUGACCCCUAUGAUAGAAAGCUAUUUAUUUGUCUUAGUGUUCAAGGCAUGGCUAGUAUUCCUAAUAAGUCUAAUUCCCACACUUUCUGAAGUGAACAUUAAUGGUAUUGUCCUACUAAAACUUUCAUUUUUUUUUAACUUACCAGACAUUCACAAUAAGCUAUGAGGGUAAAUAUGUGUUAUAACAUGUAAAUCACUGUUAUAAGAAUAUACCACGAAGGUUGAAAUAGGUUGGGUUUCAUUUCCUUCCACAUCUCAUUUGCUUUAAGGUUGACUUAACUGGUACCACACCUGUUGUAUAUUAUACAUUAUCCUUUAUUUAUGUAAUAUUAAAUGCCUUAUAUAUUAAAGAGUAAGUGCAAUAAUAUGAAAUAGCCUGUACAUUUUUUAAAAUGUUGUCGCCAUGUUAUGUAAAUCCACAUCUCUGUAAACAACCUUUUUUAAGUAAUUUUAAAAAAAAUAAACACUCUGCUUACUA